AUGACACUUGACAGUCAACCUUCCACCGGCGCGUCAGAAACCUUGGCUUCCCUCGACCAGAGAGAAGUUUCGACAACCUUGCCUUUUGAAAAGCUCAAGCUGUCAAGCCAAGUGGGAAAUACCGAAACAUCGACAUUCCAGCUUCGACAGCAAUGGCAUUCCCAACCCAGGAAGAUGCGCAUCAUCCACGUCGGGGCCGGCGCGACGGGCUUAUGUGCAGCUUACAAGUUUGAGCGACAGCUUACUAACUACGAGCUGGUGUGCUACGAAAAGAACGGCGAGGUCGGAGGCACAUGGCUGCAAAACCGAUAUCCUGGAUGCGCCUGCGACGUCCCUGCUCACAUCUACACUUACACUUUCGAGCCGAACCCCUUCUGGAAGUCGUACUAUGCCUAUUCGCCUGAGAUCCAGGACUACUUUGUUAACUUUUGUGAAAAGUACCAGCUUCGCAAGUAUAUCAAAGUGAAGCACACGGUUCUGUCUGCCACCUGGCACGAAGAGAAGGGACAGUGGGCAGUCGAGGUUGAGCAUAAUGGUCAGGUUUUCACUGAUUGGUGCCACGUCCUCGUGAAUGGUUCUGGGCUUUUGAACAAGUACAGAUGGCCCGAUAUCGAAGGCCUUCAUUCUUUCAAAGGUUCUCUGAUACAUUCCGCACACUGGGACCAAGACUCUAUUAACUACGCUAACAAGCGUGUUGCUGUGCUUGGCAAUGGAUCCUCUGCCAUUCAGAUCAUCCCACAGGUCCAGAAAGUCGCUUCAAAAGUCGAGUGCUUCAUGAGGGGCACCACUUGGAUCGCGGCCCCCAUGCCACGCGUUCCUGUUGAAUUGACCUCCGAAAAGGAGGGGGAGUUCAUCCAAGACAAGGAGGCCGUUCAUCCAUCCAUUGGACAGUAUUUCUAUACUCCUCAGGAAAUUCAGAAGCUGGCCAAUGAUCCUGAGUAUUUACUCAACUAUCGCAAGAGAAUCGAGUAUGCCAUCAAUGAGGGAUUUGCCAUCUUUUACAAAGGCAGUGAAGCGUCUGAGAUGGCGCACAAGUACAUGGUGGCUGAGAUGAAUCGGAGGCUCAAGAACGACCCUGUCCUGACACAGAAACUCAUCCCGUCCUGGCCAGUCGGCUGCAGGCGGCUUACCCCGGGAGACGGAUACCUUGAGGCGCUUACCGAGCCCAACGUACAAUGCCACUUUUCGGAAAUCACCUCGGUUACGGGUGCAGGACUCGUCACUCGAGACGGCGCGUCCUACGAGGUAGAUGUCAUUGUCUGUGCAACUGGAUACGACAUGGCAUGGACCCCUCAUUUCCCUCUCAUUGGCAGAAACGGCAUCAGCAUCCAAAAUGCCUGGAACCCUGAACCGAAGUGCUACUUGGGAAUAGGAGCCCCCGGCUUUCCCAACUACUUCGUCGUAAACGGUCCCCGUGGAAACCUCGCCAAUGGCACCGUUCUCCCGUGUUUCGAAACAGAAAUUGACUACGUCGUCCACGCCGUCAAAAAGAUGCAGAGCGACCGCAUCAAAGCACUGGAUGUACGGGAGAAAGUGGUUGACCAGCUCAACGAGUACAUUGACGCCUGGCAUGAGACGAGUGUUUUCUCUGCGCCGUGUCGCAGCUGGUACAAGAACAAUACCGUCGACGGAAAGGUUCGCGUGUGGGGAGGAUCAUCAGUGCAUUUCCUCAAGACUUUGAAGGAUCCAAGGUGGGAACACUAUAAUAUUGAUUACCUGGACAGUAAUCUAUGGACGUUUCUCGGGAAUGGCAGGAUUAAGGCGGAGUAUGACCAUAGCUUUGAAGGCCUGACGCCUUACUUACGAUGUAUCGGACUCUUUUGCAAGAAACUUACCAAGUGGGCCGCGUUAUCUCAGCCGCGGCCAAAGUCCGCGGACAGUCGCCGUGAUGGGAAUAUCCAGCUCCAGGCGUUUAGGAGUGGACUUGAUCAGUAA